AACAUAGCUAAGACGGGGUCGCUCUGUUGUGUGGCUGCAAGGCCACAUGGAUCUAAUGCAGCUAGCAGGGAGUGGUCCAUGGGUCCCCCUGAGCCCUAUUGGCGAACUAAUACAAGCUUUUCACCUCCCCCAUCGAGAUGGGAUUUCCGGUUCCAGUCUGAAGGGCUAUCAUUUGGGUCUCAUGAUGGUGUUCAAUUGUAUGGGUCUUCUACAUCAUCAAACAGUAGGGAAAGUAGGAGCUGGGCGAGGGGAACUCAUCUUCCCAACCAUCAAUAUUCUACACCUGAUGGUGCUGGGCCAUAUUUUAGUAGUCCAUCGGACAUCUCUCCUGCCCAACAGUGGACUCCCCCAGCAAUACAAGAAAUCAGUGUUGAUGAUUAUGGAACUUCAUCAAGACGAGUUUUGGGGUCAUUAUCCUUUUCACCAACUGUAGAGGGAUCGGUGGCUCAAGACAGUGGGGGCUCUACUUCAUCUCAAUCAGACAGUAGCGAGUAUGAGCCUGUGGUGAAGUCACACUCUUCUCAUCGUAGCUUCUCAAGUCGCCGCUGCUUUAUGUCUAAACCCAUCCACCCUGUGUCUUUUCCACCUGAAACACCUACAAGAGAAUCUGCGGAUGCCACUAUUGCUGGGUUUUCAGAGUAUGAUACUGCCACUCCACAAAGAGAGGUGCACCGUUUGAGCAGUGCUAGUGGUAGUAUUGAUUUUGCUGACGUUGCCGAGUCAUUUGAAUCUGACUUUUACAGUCGUUCAUGUAAUCCAUCAGAGGGUUUUAAAUGUGGAUUGUGUGAGAGGUUUCUUUCGCAAAGGUCACCAUGGGGUUCUCGUCGAAUUGUGAGAAGUGGAGACUUGCCGGUUGCUGGAGUUCUUUCAUGCCAGCAUGUUUUCCAUGCGGAAUGCUUGGACCAAGCAACACCAAAAACGCGUAAAAGUGACCCACCUUGCCCUCUCUGUGUACGAUCGGAGGAAGAAAAUUCCCCAGAGCAGCCAGUGUUUUCCAAGUUGAGGAAUGGUUUCCCUAGGCUCAGACCUUUUUGUGAGGAUGGACCAUCAAAGCCGUGGGGAUGCGCACAUGCAGGUGAUUGUGUUGAAGGGGCUUUGCAUGCGCCCCCUCGCAACACUAUGUUGUUACUCAACCGGAAUCGCAUUAAAAAGAAUCUUUCCUUGAAGGGUAAAUCAGGCAAGGAAUUUCCCGGUAAAUUGAAGAAAAGUGGCUCAUAUUCGUCGCAGCUGUUAAUUGGAAGGUCUGUUGAUCAUGGAGCAGUUGGGUCUUCGAAGACAACAGCAGGACCUAAUAUGAAGUGAAGCUGGAAAUUGUGUACAUAUCUGGAGACAUUUUCUAAUGGAGGUAAUGGUCUUUCCUUCUUGUUUUCUAAUUGAUUGUGUCUCUCUCACUUAGAUGAUCUGAUUUUUGAUUAAUCAGAUUGUAUGAUUGUGAUCUGCGUUGUUUGUAGUUUUAAUUUAGUGGGAAAUGUCGGUUGAAAUUACAGGCCACCGAGAUAAAUUAUUCCAUGUUUUGCAUUUUUGUUCCAGCCAUUUUGGUUUUUGAUGCCAAAUGAAAGCGCAUUAAGCCCUAGUUUUUUCAUGCUGGAAUUUGAAAUCUUGAAGAUAUGUUGCUAAGAUGGUUUUGACUCA